AUGCGCACUCAAGCUAUCGUGGCCGUCCUGUUCUCGGCGCUUGCCGGACAGGUCAUUGGUCAGGAUGACUCUCACGAUGCUCCCAGAGUUAACGACAACCCUAUUGGUGUCAAAUACAAGGCUACCCUUCCCAAGGAGCCUUUCUUCAAAGAUACCGCAAUCGACGGCAACGUCAAGGGGUUUAUCCAGGCUGAAGCUCCGAGUGAUGGACACGGCGUCCAGUUCAAGGUCCAGUUCAGCAACCUUCCCAAGGAGGGAGGUCCCUUCACAUACCACAUCCAUGUUGAACCUGUUCCCGAGAAUGGCAACUGUACCGCCACCCUCGCCCAUCUCGACCCUUUCGCUCGUGGCGAGGAGCCUCCCUGUGACCCUGAGAAACCUGCGUCUUGUCAGGUUGGAGACAACAGUGGAAAGCAUGGAAAGAUCACCAGCGACCCCUUCACAGCCGACUACAUCGACUACUAUGCCUCCACCAAGGAAGGCAUCGGGGCCUACUUUGGCAACCGGUCCUUUGUUCUUCAUUAUGCCAACAAGACCCGUCUAACAUGCGCCAACUUUGUGAACCUGAACCCGGGUGUUAUGAACCCGAACUACACUGCCCCGGCUUACCUCCCUACUCCGACUGAGACUGUCAACCCUGAGACGAACACUCCUACUCCAUCAAGCACAAGCACUGGCGGCAAGCCUAUUUCUACUGAGACUAGCGUUGUUAGUCCCAACGGUGCCUCGUCUGCUACGCUCCCGAUCAACCUUGCCCUGGCUGGUGUUUUUGCUCUCAUUCUUGCGAUGUGA